CGGCCCGUUGGCCGACUAACUGAUAGCUUGCUCGCUUGGCCAACUUUUGCCUCUAUGAGCUGCUAAAUGUCUCAGUGUAACUUUGUCGUGUAUUGCGUUCGGUUGAAAUGAUUUCGUGGUUGUGCCAUUUUCGUAUUUAUAUGUAGUACGCAAUUGAAAAUUAGAAAAUAAAAGCAAAAAGCGCUUAAAGAAAUACACACAAACAUCAUAAAAAAUACAGAAAAGUUCGAAAUCAAGUUAGGUUGGCUACGCGUUAUAAUAUUAGUGAAUAUAUUUCAUUGGUUAAAGCGCUGGAGCGCAGUUGGUGACGAUGGCAAUAACACAGAGUUGACUGAGAUAAAGUCAACUAGCAUCUGGGGCUAUCGGCCUGUGAAUUAUUUAAUAUUGUGUUGUUCGUAUACGAAUUAAUGUAAAAUAACAAAAUUGAAAAAAUGUGCUGUGCUAGUGUAAUAUGCAAUGAAAUAAUAAAUACUGCAACAAAAUAUCAUUAACUAAACAAGACUGCUUGAAAGUACCAGGUGCUCAUCUGAAUUUAUGUACAGGUACGGACGUGCUAGCAUGGACAUAUGUAUGUAUGUACGUAUGUAUACAUAUAGUACAUCCCUGUUUGCUAAAUCAACGUCCGAUAUUGUUGUGAUUCCGGAAGGUUAUUGGUUUGUGAGGAACAUUAUGUUAUACCCUUUUAAUGUGGAUUUAAACCGUAUAAGUACUGUUCAUUAGACAGCGCUAGUGUUGCCCGUCACCAUGAGCACUUCUGAGACUCGCAGUGAAAUAGUUACUUCUGAUGAAGAAGAUUUUAAACCGAACAUUCCAUAUAACCUUGACGACGUACCAAUUACGUCAACAAUUCAGUCAAGCGGUUACAAAUCGCAACCGCUUACAACCGCUUUCGAAACUCUGGACACAGAGGAAGAUGACCCCAGCAAUAAUUUCAAUUGCCAGAUAUGGGAAAAUGACGAUGGUUUCAUGGAUGAUAAUAUAUCCGCCUUAGAUGUAGCCGAGUACGAUGCGAGUACCUUGACUGGAUCAAAUUUAGCUACACCAGUUAUGGGUAUGGUAUCCGAUAUGGUAGAUGAAAAAACGUGUCGGCGCAAUAGAACUGUGCCACAAACGAGCCCAUUUCAAACUGAAUUGAGCAGUUCAAACUUUUUUCAACUACCUACAUCAAUAUCUGAUGCCGAUGCUGAUGCAGCAUCAUCAACAGUCAGUGGAACGCUUACAGAUUCCAGUGGAAUUCCAACUUCUAAUAUUUACAACGAAAAUAUUGAACAAGACAUUAAAUAUUCGCCCAGCGAAAUGAUCCUAGAACCACCGUCCAUAACGCAGUACCAUUACAAUUUCACGCUUCCCCCAUCACAUGUACGUCCUUUGCAACCGCCUGUUUCUUAUGGGAAUUCAUUGCCGCAAACGCAUCAUGGAACUAGUACUCAUAGCUUUGUUCGUCCACACGCGCAGCCGCAGCAAUCAAUAUAUAGCCAAUAUCCGCAAUCAUCAAGCUACCAUGCAAAUAUGUGGUACCCAAAUGCACCGCACGGCUCAGCAAGUGGAUACUACCGACCUUAUGCUGGACAUAGGUACCCUAAUUUUGGCGGCUAUCCUCACGAUCCCAUGUUGGAUAUGCUGCAGCUUUCCAAUAGUGGGCGUGAGGCAAGAAAUCGAGCAGAAAAAAAUAGACGUGACAAACUAAAUCGAUGCAUUCAAGAGCUAUCCACGAUGGUGCCACACGUUGCAGAAUCUCCCAAGCGUGUUGAUAAAACUACGACUCUUCGUUUGUCCGCACAUUAUCUACGAGUACAGUACAUAUUUGGGGAAAGUCUCAAUAGUCCUCGGCCGCAAUAUACGGACUCAUUAAUGGAAAUGCUAGAUAGAUUUUUUAUAGCGCUUACAUGUCAUGGGCAAAUCGUCUUAAUUUCAUCGAGUGUUGAACAACACCUGGGUCAUUGUCAGACUGAUUUAUAUGGGCAAAAUAUUUUGAAUAUUACUCAUCCCGAAGAUCAGAACAUAAUGAAACAACAGUUAAUACCUACCGAUCUGGAACAGCUUUUUGACAUACAGACCGAUGAUGAUUCAGCCAAUUCAAGGCCUCGAACAAAAGAAGAGGAGGAAUAUAUCGACAAACGAUUGCGAGAUGACAAACGGAAUUUCACUGUUAGAUUAGCCCGGGCUGGUCCGCGUUCGGAACCCACUGCAUAUGAAAUUGUCAACAUCGAAGGAAACUUUAGGCGCAGUGAUGCAGCUCCGCGAGGCAUGAAAAUAAACACAUUUCCCUCCAAUAUGCAAAUGAUCCGACGCUCGCGCGGUCGCGAUGAUGCGAUACCAUUGCAUACAAUAAGUGGAAAUGAUAUUGUGUUAAUUGCGACGGCGCGCAUUAUUCGAUUACCUAAAGUGAUAAACAGCGUCACGGCAGCCAAUUCAAUGGAGUACAAAACAAGACAUUUAAUCGAUGGAAGUAUUAUUGACUGCGACCAAAGAAUUGGUCUUGUAGCCGGUUAUAUGACAAACGAAGUGUGUGGAUUGAGCCCGUUCACAUUUAUGCAUCAGGAUGAUGUGCGGUGGGUGAUAGUAGCCCUACGGCAAAUGUACGAUUGUUAUAAUUCAUCUGGCGAGUCCACCUACAGACUUAUAACUCGCAAUGGACAUUUUAUCUAUCUGCGAUCAAAAGGUUAUCUGGAAGUCCAUAAAGAAACAAAAAAAGUGCACUCAUUCAUUUGUAUAAAUACUCUUCUGGAUGAGGAAGAAGGCAAACGACGGAUUCAGGAGAUGAAAAAUAAGUUUUCUAUGAUUGUGAAUACAAAAAUUCCGCAGUCGUCCGUGGAUGAACCCGCUUCGAAAAACCCCCAACAACUUGAAAAAGCGGUACUAUGCCUUAUACAAAAUUUGCAAAAGUCGCCAGCUGCAGAAGAUGAAGAUGAUGGGGACUCGUCGACAGAGAGCUAUGGCAGCGAAUAUAUGUCUCCAGAUUUGGGUCCAACGACAUCUGCGGCAGCUAUGCAUCGAUAUAGCACUACUUCGCCUCCAACUCUAUACUCUUCAAUACGCGCUGCGGCUUUUCACUUUGCCAAAUCAACUAAAACUCCAUCACUUGCUUUAGUGCCACCCGAAACUUCUUCCGUUAAAACAUCUAUAUCUAAAAGCGUUAGUGUAGUUAAUAUCACUGCAGCGAAACACCUGCACGGCAAUCAGCAACAAAAAUCGACGGAUUUGGAUGAUUGUGAAUCAGGAGUGCAUUAUGAUUCGCGGACUGAGUCGGACAGAGUUGGUUCACUUAGUGAAAGCUGUUCAUGUCAAAGUAUAAACGCAGACCGCUGUCAACACUGUCAAGCACUUGAAAGUCAAUUGGCAAGCUCUUCACCGACACCCACCAGCGCAAUUCUUACUACUGCAGCAGAAGGGUCGGGAAACAAACGUUGUGGCGAACCAAUACCCUGUACAGAAUUAAAGUUACCCAAAAGGCCUUUAAAAAGCACAGAAAUCGAGCAUGUGCUUUCGAGCUCACUAGACCAAUUAGGUAAAACUCUGGAUGAACAACUUAACGCAGCAAUUGAGUUACGCGACAAGAGUAGUAAAUACGAGAUGCCUAAUUCAAGCCAAAGAAUUGAAGAAAUAAUGGAGGAACACCAAAUACAAAGCAAAAUCUAUGUAGAUAUUAAAAGUGAGUAUGAGGUGCAAAAGCAGAAUAAAUGCAUCGAUGUAAGCACAACGAAGGGCAGCGCGCUGGUGACAACACUUACUCCAUUAGAGUCGCAUUGUAAUCAGCAACUGACAAAUCAAAAACAACAGCACCAAUUGAGUGAUGAGGAUAAUGAUGGGCAUAAGCGAUAAAAGUGAUCAAUUAGCAUAAUCAAAACAGAAAAGCAGCAAAAAUUAGUCUGGUUUGGUUCAGACUGGGCCGAAAGUAAAAGCGCAUGCUAGGCGAAAUGCAUAACUGUAUCAAGUUUGUCGCUUACGAUAACGCGCUUUUCGCACGGACAGGCCAUUUUGGUCAGCAAGAACUUUCAUUAAUCAAGGGACUAGGGGAUAAAUUAAGCGCAAAGGAAAUGAUUUUCUUCAGGCUUCGAAGCUGGUCGGCAUACGAUUGCCAACUACCUCAUUUAUAUGAAAAAUAGUUUUUAUAUUUUAGUUAAACUGAGUAGCAUAUGUACAUAUAUAUUAAAGGGGAACGUUUGUGGGUGCCAUAUCGAUUACGCUUUUUGCGUAUCUCACUAUGGCGUAUGAGUGAUUUUUCAUUUUGCCGUUAGAUAUCUAGUAUACGCGCACAUGAAUGUACGUAUGUCACUGUGUAUAUAUGUAUAACGGUAUUUACAAGUGCAUAUGUACUUGAACAUAAAUACACAUGUAAUGUAAGUAUGCAUGUAUAAACACAUACAUCCAUACGUGCAUAUGUUUGUAUAUUGAAUAAGUAAUAAUAGGUUUCUUAUAGGGAAAAGUAUUUAUGAAAAAAAUAAAUGUGUGUAUGUAAGUUGAAUUUAUUAUUAACACACUAAUUCAAAAGGAGAAAUUACAAAUCUAUACAUAUGUAUGUAUAUAUACACACAGGUACAGGUAUAGAUUACAGUUGGUAUUUAAAUAUUGGUUCCCAACUGAAACCCAUUUUAUAGCGUACGUGUGUAUAUAUACAAGUCCAUACAUGCAUAUAAACGAUGAACGUAAAAUUUGCUUGAACGCCUGAACAAUUAUUCGAUUUUAUAACCGUACAUACAGGCAUACACAUACGAGUAUGUACCCAUGUCUAUAUCGAUAUACAACUUUUGUAAAAGCGUCAUAUUCGCUUGUAUAGCAUAGGCAUACAUACAUGUAUGUAUGUAUAAUGUAUGUGUAUAUAUUAUAUAAUAUGUAAAUUUUUUUAGUACUAAUAAGUAAUUUAUCUUCGAUUAAAAAUAUUAAUUAGUAGCAACAACGAAAAAUGUUGUAGGUAUUUAUUAGCGUAAAUAAAUAUUAAAACGACACAAAGACUGUUCAAACUAUAUGUAUAAGUAAAUAAGUUAAUUAAUACAUAUUAUAUAUGAUAUAAUAAAUUGUUGUGUGAAUGAGCGUAACUGAUUUGAAUGAAAUAUGUACAAUGUGUAUUAUUAUUGUGUUAUACGUACGCAUGUAUGUAUGUAUGGUUACAUAUUUGUAAGGAAAUAUAUAUGUAUGUGUGUAUCUACAUGUAUGGAUACACAAUAAAAUGUGAAUACGAACGUAUACGUGUAUAUGGACGAGUAUAUGCACAAGUGCGUGCAUAUGGAAAUGCGCGUGCGAGUAUAAAUAAGUACACAUCUACACACACCUAUGUAUGUACAUUGAUAUGUGAGAAGUGGCUUUGAAAAACUUAAUGUUAUCGAAUGUUGGAUGUUGAAUGUUUUGCAUUUGUUUUAAAUUUGGAAAGUGCAACUGUAAACUAUUUGUUACUAUUUACACACCCACAUCCAUAUAAGAGUAACUUACUAUGUACUAUUUACUGUAGAUUAGCAAAAAUAAAAGAAAAGAUUGUUAAAAAUAAAUUCUAAUUUCAUGCAAAGAUUCAGAGUGUCUAAUAAAAUGGGUUCAUAUGUAGCGGUCGACACUCGGCAGGCAAUGACAGCCUCCGCAAAAGCUCAUGAUAAAAAAACAUUGGCCGUUCAGGGUCGACUUGAAACUGUAGGUCCCCAAUUUGGAAAAAAACGUCCACACGCACACCACCAAUAGGAGGAGGAGGAGCUCGGCCAAACACCCAAAAAUGGGUGUAUACUGUAUAUGUAUGCUUGAUUGGACAAUACAAGUUUAAAAACUGUAGGUUGUUUUAGAACCUAAGCCAAAGGUUUAGAAAACGACUUGAGAAAAAUUU